AAAAAAUUAGACGCUCUACCCGAAAGAGGAAAACAUCUGGCAGACUAGAGGACCAUGAUGACCGACACAAACAGAAAAGGCGGCCAACGCAAAGCUCUUCCACAAGACCUAAGGCCCCUUCACCACCGCCAAUGGCACCCAUAACGCAAAGUAGGACGCCUUCUGUUCACCACAUUUGUUCACCACCACUACUACCGCCAAGGGAUCCUACAGCACCUCCUAUGGCACCCAUACAACCACCAUCUGACAUGGGGCAUCAGUGUUUGUCAAUCGAACAAGAGAAAAUAAGACGCUCUACCCGAAAGAGGAAAACACCUGGCAGGUUAGAGGACCAUAAUGACCGACACAAACAGAAAAGGCGACCAACGCAAAGGUCUUUCACAAGGCCAAGGACCCCUUCAUCACCACCAAUGGCACCCAUAAGGCCAAGUAGGACGCCUUCUGUGGCCACAAAACCGCCUAUGCCACCUACACCCCCUUGUUCACCACCACAACUACCGCCUAGGGAUCCUACGCCACCUCCAAUGGCACCCAUACAACCACCAGCUGACAUAAGGCAAGAGUGGUUGUCAAAGGAACAAGGUAAUGUACAACAUAUUCUAAGUGUCAAAUCUAUGCUAGGGGAGUUUGGUUCCCAAAAUAUAAAAGAAAAAAUCAUACAGAGGCAAUAUCUAGAUAUGACCAAAUUGUUGCCUAGUUAUUAUAAAAACACCAUUCCACAAGACGAAAAAGGGGCUUAA